AUGCCAGCCGCGCCCCAAGGGAGCAUGCUGCGGAGAAGACAUGGCUUCCGAGCGAACUUCCAGGAGGAGUUCGAGAAGCUUGAUGCCAAUGGGGACGGGUUCCUGACGCUGGAGGAGCUGGCGGCAGGGCUGAAUCAUCACAUGGGGGAGGCAGAGCUCAUCGCUCUGUUCAACAAGCUGGACACGAACAAGGACGGGAGGAUCUCUCUCGACGAGUACGUCAUGGGCAGCGUGAACAACUGCAGAGAGCACGCCUCGAGGGUUCAGGACGGCGUGACGGAAAGUAUCAACAACCUGGAGCACGUUCUAGACGAUUUGCGCAAGGACAAGACGUUGGACAGCUUGUCCAAGCUGAUCACAGAUUCGAUCGAGAAGAGAAACAAGGCGGUGUGGAAGGAGAAGAAGGGGAUCUACCGGAAGAUGCCCUACGACGAGUUCAAGAACCUUUUGUUCUCCAAGUUCGAUGCCCGAGACGCGAGCAGGAGCGGAGGCAUCAACGAGGACAGGGCGCUUGUCUUGUUCCAGGACCUCGGCAAGACUUUCUCCAAGCCCGACUUCCGCGUGUUUCUCAGCAGCAACGACGUGAACCACGAGGAGGACAUCUCUCGCGAGCAAGUGCUAAAGCUGAUGCUCGAACUGCUCAAGGAAAAGGCCAAGUUCUCCAGCUCCGUUCGCCGACUCAUGGUGCUGUCCCAGCCCAAGAAGUCUCCAGCAGGACGAAGCGUCGAGGACUACCUGCAGCAGCAGGUGGAGGAGAUCAAGGACGCGGGCAAGAAGGCCAAGUUGUGGAAGAAGAACGCUCUCAAGGCAAGGUCGUUCGGGGCCAAGUCAAACAAGCUCGCAGCUGCUCAGCCCGUCCUGCGUCGAGCUGCUUCAGCUGAUCAGGCCAACUACUUCCAGUGGGAGUUCAAGAGGCUGGACACGAAUGGGGAUGGCGUCCUAACGGCCGAAGAGCUCUUUGACGGGCUCAAGCAUCGGCUCGGGCAGGAUGAACUUUCCGAGCUCUUCGACAACAUUGAUGUGAAUGGAGAUGGUCUGAUCAGCCAAGAUGAAUAUGUGGAAGCAAGGAAGACAAUGCAGGCAUUCCAGAAGCUGUUCUAA